AUGGUUGAUAAAAGUACAAGAACUUAUGUUUCGUUGUUGUGCUUGACAAGUGUUCUUUCAUUGGUUACUUUCCACGUUGGCAAGGUGUUUAUGAAAUGGGUGGGUACUAGCAGAGAAGAAGACCAACACCUUGGUGACAUGGUAUCUGCAUUAUUUAUGCUUCUAGCCAUUCAAACUGGUCUUCCUCUGUUAAAUCCGUCAAAGCGUUUGAUUAGACUUUACUACAACUUAUCUCUGACAUUCUUGGCUUCAAUGCAUUAUAUCCACAGCAUGAUGCAUUACAAGCUUCAAACACUUACCUUAAUUUCGUUUUCAUUAAUUCAUCUUCGACAACUUAUUCUCGCAUUUUUUUUAUUCACAGUGACUAGUUUUUUUCUCAUCCAUCAAUGGUCAAAUAAUGUUGCUUCAACGUGGCUUUUGUCAGUUUUAGCUUUUGGAUCUGAAUUGAUUGUCAAAAUCGUUUUUUCUGUUUUUAUAUAUAUCUUCAUUCUUAUCGAUGUUAGAACCAGAUUUGCCGGUGAAAAAACUGAUGAUUACGUUUAUUAUAUGACGUUCCUAGGCAAACUAAUUGAAUUUCUAUUUGGCCUCUUCUUAUUUGGCAAUGGUGUAUGGAUGGUACUGUUUGAAUCAGCUGGACUUUUAAGGGUUGUCAUCAUGUGUGCUCAUUUGUAUUUCAACAUAUGGAAGGAAGCCAAACAACUGUAUACAACGUGUAGUAAGAAAAGAGAAGUUGCUACCAAAGUUGCUAUUUUAAAGACUGCAUCGAUAGAUUUAAUUAAAAAUUAUAACGACAUCUGUGCAAUUUGUUACUCAAAUUUGGAAUUACACGUCGUCAAGGUGACCAGUUGUAAGCAUUUAUUCCACGAAUCGUGCCUAUGCAAAUGGAUUCCGUUGAGUGACGCGUGUCCGGUUUGCCACAGAUGCGUUUUUAAUGUCUAA